AAAGGCAGAGAGCCACAGGCCAAGCGGCACCGCACUGUACCUGCACCUACCUGAGAGCGACCUCUCCCUCCUCUCGCUCUUUAUUUGCUCCAGGCAGCUCGGCACCGCACACGCACAACACCGGCCGGCUGGCAUCUUUUAUAUCUCUCUCUAUUUCUCCUGGAUUCGGCCACUAGCCUGCUGCCACCAUCGUCAUAUCUCGGCUUCCAUACAACGAUCGACGACCGUCGUCGUCGUCAAGGGGAUCGGUUAGUCGUUGGCGCCGCAGAGCGCGACGCCGACGCCAACCGAUCCAUCUAUCGACGACAUCCUACGUACGGGCUUGCCUGUGCCAUGGCGAAGCAGUCGUGCUGCCACAAGAAGAAGCUGAGGAGAGGGCUCUGGUCCCCCGAGGAGGACGAGAAGCUCAUGAACCACAUUGCCCAGUACGGCCAUGGCUGCUGGAGCUCAGUGCCCAAGCUUGCAGGACUCGAGAGGUGUGGCAAGAGCUGCAGGCUGAGGUGGAUAAACUACCUGAGGCCAGACCUCAAGAGGGGAACAUUCUCACAAGAGGAGGAGGACCUCAUCAUACACCUCCACUCCUUGCUGGGAAACAAGUGGUCUCAGAUUGCGGCGCAGCUGCCUGGCCGGACGGACAACGAGGUCAAGAACUUUUGGAACUCGUACAUCAAGAAGAGGCUCAGGGAGCGCGGCAUCGACCCCGCCACCCACCAGCCGCUCGCCGAGCCUGCCGCGGCGACGGCGCCGGCCAGCACCACCACCGUCAGCCGCCGCGCCGUGUUUGGGGACGUCGAUCUCAUCCCGACCACUACACCAAUCCAGGCGCCGUCGUCGUUCGAGGGGCCAAUGCUGGACGGCGUGACGAAGCUCCCGGCCGUGGACAUGGACUGGCCCGUCCCCGGCGACGGGGUGCCGUCUUCGUCGCUGCCAAGGCCGUGCUACCUGCAGGGGGGCUGCUUCGACAUCGGCGCGCUGCAGCAGCAGCAGCACUGCGGUUCCAUCGUCCCGGCGCCGGUCGUCCCGUCGGCCUCGAGCUCCAGCACGCUGACCUCGAUGGCGGAGGCCGAACACUGCAACACCAACAUCACCGGCGGCAGCCUCCCGUGGUUGGAGCUCGGAGCAAACGCGGUGGCUGACGCCGGCCACGUCGACAGCUGCUACGCCGGCGCGCUGGACGAGCUCAGGUGGUCGGAGUACUUCGACAGUGCCUUCCAGGCCGCCGCGAGCCAGCAAGGCGCACUGCAGGCGGCGGGGCAGUGUGUCUACGGCGGCAAGGAUGACGUCCCGGUGCACUUCGACGUCCAUGGGCUAAGCAACUGGUGCUAAUGCAUCACUUUCACUGUGUGCUAAUGCAAGAACCCACGGAAGAAGAAACAGUUCGCAGAUGCAAAUUAUUAUUACUCGCAUUUCAUCUGGUGUUAUUUUCCCCACUUCUUAUUCUGAUGUUGCUGUUGAUGAGCAGCGGAUAAGUUCGAGAGUGUGGUGAGUACAUUUGAAGUGUUUAACACACAUGUAAAGUACAUAUACGAUACGCUGUGGUUAAUUAGUAAAUACUGCAGAGAGAGAGAGAGAGAGAGAGAGAGAGAGAGAGAGAGAUGAACGGGCCAUGUGGUUAAAUAAAAAUGUGAAUUAUUAUGUGAUUAGCUCAGCACAUUAUAUACAUGUGCAUGCAUGUAUUUGGCUUUA